ACCACUUGAAGUCGGGACCAGACGCCACCCUCAGCUCCGAGCCGGGAGCGAGCCCGAGCGAAAGCGCGGCGGAGCCGGCGGCGGCGGGGCAUGAACCUGGAGGGCAGCGGCCGGGGCGGCGAGUUCGGCAUGAGUUCCGUGAGCUGUGGCAACGGGAAACUCCGCCAGUGGCUGAUCGACCAGAUCGACAGCGGCAAGUACCCAGGGCUGGUGUGGGAGAACGAGGAGAAAAGCAUCUUCCGCAUCCCCUGGAAGCACGCGGGCAAGCAGGACUACAACCGCGAGGAGGACGCCGCGCUCUUCAAGGCUUGGGCACUAUUUAAAGGAAAGUUUCGAGAAGGCAUUGAUAAACCAGACCCUCCUACCUGGAAGACACGUUUGCGAUGUGCUUUGAACAAAAGCAAUGAUUUUGAGGAAUUGGUUGAGAGGAGCCAACUGGAUAUCUCAGAUCCGUACAAAGUCUACAGGAUUGUUCCUGAGGGAGCCAAAAAAGGAGCAAAGCAGCUCACCCUGGAGGACCCCCAGAUGGCCAUGAGCCACCCGUACACCAUGGCAGGUCCUUAUCCUUCACUGCCGUCUCAGGUUCAUAACUACAUGAUGCCGCCCCAUGACCGAAGCUGGAGGGAGUAUGUCCCCGAUCAGCCACACCCAGAAAUCCCCUACCAAUGUCCUGUGACGUUCGGGCCCCGCAGCCAUCACUGGCAAGGCCCUACUUGUGAAAAUGGUUGCCAGGUAACAGGAACCUUUUAUGCUUGUGCCCCACCUGAGUCCCAGGCCCCUGGAAUCCCCAUAGAGCCAAGCAUAAGGUCUGCCGAAGCCUUGGCGCUCUCAGAUUGCCGGCUCCACAUUUGCUUGUACUACCGGGAAAUCCUGGUGAAAGAGUUGACCACCUCAAGCCCUGAAGGCUGCAGGAUCUCCCAUGGGCACACCUACGAUGCCAGCAACCUGGACCAAGUUCUUUUCCCCUAUCCAGAGGACAGUGGCCAGAGGAAAAACAUAGAGAAACUGCUGAGCCACCUGGAAAGGGGCGUGGUCCUCUGGAUGGCCCCUGAUGGGCUGUAUGCCAAAAGACUUUGCCAGAGCAGGAUCUACUGGGAUGGGCCCCUGGCCCUGUGCAGCGAUCGGCCCAACAAGCUGGAGAGAGAUCAGACCUGCAAGCUUUUUGAUACACAGCAGUUCUUAUCAGAGCUGCAAGCAUUUGCUCAUCAUGGCCGCUCCCUCCCAAGGUUCCAGGUGACUCUGUGCUUUGGUGAGGAGUUCCCAGACCCUCAGAGGCAGAGGAAGCUCAUCACUGCUCAGGUUGAACCUCUACUAGCCAGACAACUAUAUUAUUUUGCUCAACAAAACAGUGGACAUUUCCUGAGGGGCUAUGACUUACCUGAACAUAUCAGCAAUCCAGAGGAUUAUCACAGAUCCAUUCGCCACUCCUCCAUUCAAGAAUGAAACAUUUCAAGACAAGUGAUUUUUGCUUCCUUGUAAAUAUCUCACUUAUGACAAGAACAGCUGAUUGACCUCCAUUUUUUUCUUUGGAGGAACUUGGAAAUGGGGGCUUCAGAUGAGCAGUUGAGGAAAAUCUCCAGCAAGAAUAUGUCUAGAAAAUCAGAUGCGUCUGAUUGACAAUGAGCUUAUUCCAGAAGGAGUGGUGGUCUUCCAGCUCUGACUGGAUGAGGUCAGUCUUCUGUAGAUUGCCAUCAUUGGUGAUAACUGUGAACAUCGACCAAACACUGUGUUUACAUUUACUUACAUGCUCUCUGUAAUUUGAUCUUAGUUAUUUCUUGCUUGAGGACUGAAAAAACUUGCAUUCCAGUAUUGACUUCUAACUAGAGUUAGUGUUGUACCAUUUCUCAGGGACAUAGAUUCUAAAUUUGAGGCUAUUCUGCUCACAAAAGAAGUUUACUAAUAUAUGUAGGAGCUAUAGUUCUUGUGGAAAAUGCUUGCUGACGGAAGUGGAAUCUUUUGACUCGGGCACGGUUGGGCCAAGAGACUGGCCUGUCCUCUCCCGCUGCCCAGCAGGUCUCACCCAGGGUGGGCCCCCUUCCCCUCUCACACUGCUUCCCACUUGCUUUCUCUCCUUGGGCUCCCCUGGAAGCCAGUUCGUAGACUCUGUUGCUAUUCUCUUGAGCCAAAAAGCAUUAGGACUACCCUUGGGUGGGACAUUUUUGUUGGUCCUACAAUGUAGUAAUUCCUGGUUAAAAUAUUUUUGUUUGCCUUUUUGUCUCUCAUUCUUCAGAAAUUAUUGCUAAAACAUUUUUCUUAAAGAAAAAGAAAAUCAACAGCCCAAGUGCUAAUGAAACUCAGUGACAUUUCCCCUCUUAUCCUGCCUGUUUUGUUUGGCUUCAGUUAGUUAUCCAUGGCAACACUAAAGAGGAGGAGCCAGUGUUUUACAAAUUGGUGAACUCUGUUAAGAAAAAUGAUGACAGGAUUGAACUUGUUGCAUAAUUGCAGAAUCAGUGGGCUGUUUUUGCUUAUGUUUGUAUAUUAUAUGCUUCCUCAUACCAUUAAUGGUUUGACAGGGCCUUAAAAUUACUGAGCUUUUUCUAAAUAUGUCUUUUUAUAGAAUCACAAAGAUCUCUACUGGCUUAAGUAAAUCUGAUCACUUAUAUUUUUGUUUAUUUUGGAAAAGUACAGAUACUCUGUGAUGUUAGGGUUCCAAUACUUUUCUCAUAUUGCAAAAUAAUUGCUAUUACUUACAGGCUCAGCAAAAGACUUGAUAGUUCUCAAAUAUAUGCCACUCCUAAAUAUCUAUAUAUUUUUUAAUUCACUCAACGAACAUUUAUUAAAUGCUUACUAUAUCCCUUGCAUUAUAUACUUACAGCCCUCAUCAAGUGGCUUAUAAUUUAGCAAGCAGUGAACCUUUGGAACUUCAUUUUGUUUUUUCAUUGUUAAAAAGAGUUUUUAAUUAUAAAAUAAUACAUACUAAUUACAGCAAAUGUAAACAGUAUAGGAGGGUUAAAAAAAGACAGCAUCUCCUUUUUUUCCACUCCAGAUCCUCCUCCCUUGAGGUGCCCACAUUAACAGUUAGAGGUUUAUUCUUCUAGACAUUUUACUUCUCCAUAAAUAUUCAGAAACUUAAAAAAAAAAAAAA